GCUGCGCUGGGAACAUGUCUGCUCCACUGAGCGAGGUUUGAAGAAGAUACUGGUGUUAGAGCAGCACAAACAAAGCCGCGGCGACUCUGCGGAGACUCUACGCGGUGCUUAUUUGUGUGUCGGGCCGCUGAACCUGUCCGAGGAGCCGGGGGAAGAUGUGGAGCUCCUCCGGCCGCCGUGUCCUUCAGGAGCUGCUCAGCCUGCGGGCGGUGAGGGGCUUCAGAGGGACUGCUGCUCAGAACACAGUCGUGGUGGAGCGAUGGUGGCAGGUGCCCUUGUCCAGAGUGGGCAGGCCACCGAGGCUCCACCCUCGAAGACACAGAAUCUACAGGCUGGUUGAGGACAAGAAGAACUUGCCUCAAGAAAAACUGGAGCUCAUCCUGACUGAGACAGUACCAAAACUGGGUGGGCGAGGAGACACCGUGUUUGUGAGGAAGUCUAUUGGUCGAAAUAAACUGCUGGCUCAAGGCCUGGCAGUGUACGCAUCGCCUGAGAAUAAACAGACGUUUGCCGAGGAGUUAAAACUUUUACAAGAGGGGAGUUCAGAGGAAAGAACCCAAACCCGCACUGGACAAUUGACAGUGGAGUAUCUUCGAAAAUCCAAACUGACUUUCAGGCAAAUGCCGUGUGAAGAAUUCCAGAUCACCAAAGAUGUUGUCAUCAGACAGCUGGAAAGGAAGCUGGGAGUCGUAGCGCAGCCUCAUACGGUGAACUUUCCAUUUGAGUCGGCUAAAGAUGUUGGUGACUACUGGUGUGAAAUUACGGUUAACAGACUGGACACAGUUCGUGUUCCCAUUUCAGUCCUGCCAUAUGAAGACAUGUCAGCCAAGUACCAACGGCAGCUGAAAGCCCAGAGGAAGCCGGAGGCAGCGGCCAAUGCCACUGUGGCCACGGAGGCGGCGGCUGACGUCCCUGUGUCUACGGCUGUGGCGGCUGACGUCCCUGUGUCUGUGGCGGCUGACGUCCCUGUGUCUGUGGCGGCUGACGUCCCUGUGUCUACGGCUGUGGCGGCUGACGUCCCUGUGUCUACGGCUGUGGCGGCUGACGUCCCUGUGUCUGUGGCGGCUGACGUCCCUGUGUCUACGGCUGUGGCGGCUGACGUCCCCGUGUCUGCGGAGGCUGUGGCGGCUGACGUCCCCGUGGCGGCUGACGUCCCCGUGUCUGCGGAGGCCGUGGCGGCUGACGUCCCCGUGUCUGUGGAGGCCGUGGCGGCUGACGUCCCCGUGUCUGCGGAGGCCGUGGUGGCUGACGUCCCCGUGUCUGCGGAGGCCGUGGCAGCUGACGUGGCUGACGUCCCCAUGCCUGCAGCUGAAGCAACGGCCGAUGUCUCCGUGGAAGCAGCGGCUGAUGUCUCUGCAACCGCGGCGGCUGACAUCUCUGCGGAAGCAGUGGUUGACGUUCCUGCUUCUGCAGCGGCUGAAGUCCCUGCAGCUGACAUUGCCGCUGAAGAAAAGGACGACGGUGUUUUGAAAGCGGCUUCCAGUGCAGUCUUGCAGGCUGAGGCUGUUAAAGAGGCAGCAGGAAAAUCUGCAGAUGAGGAAACUGCAGCUCCGUCAAAGACGACGCCAGAAACAACAGCACCAGCGAGUGAAAACCCAGAAAAAAAAUAAGUGACUGAAAUCGGUUUACCCACCAGAAACAUUCACAGAACAAUGUUUCAAGGCAUCUUUAACCAAACUGUGUCGUUUCUUCAGACUCAUUAAAAUGUUAUAUGUAAGAAUAAAUUUCUAACCUAUGUUGAACCUAAAUACAUAUCCAGUCUGUUCACUUUCACAAACUUUGACAUGAACUGUGUUGUUUUGGAGGAACUGGAAGCUUUUAUGUGAAGUACAGAAAUGUUAAACCAGCAUUUUGGUUUUUUUAAUGCAACAUCUGCAGUCGCUGUAAAGGCAGUGCUGACUAGAAAUAAACAACAAAUUCAAGUGUUUGGAG